GAGACCAGCGGUCACGUUUCACGUUUCACAGUUCUAUGAGCGGGUUUUCCAGAGAUCUGAGAAAUACGUAACUUACUAGAGAUCGAAGCAAUCAAAUAACAAUCCCAUAUCCAGGCCAUUUUUUUUACGUGCUCGCGAGUGGUAUUUAAACAAAAGUUCCCGGAGUGUCAAACAUGACCCCCUAAAAACCCGCAUAGUAUGAAACAGCCAGUCAAAAUGUACACCAACCAGAUCCUGCUUUUGAUUUCGGCCGUGGUCAUGACCUCGGCCAGCAAUCCUAGCCAGAACGGCCCGGUGGCAGCCGGCCCGAAUGGAUUACAGUGCCAGCCCAUCGCCGUUUCCGCCUGCCAAGGUCUUGGCUACAACAUGACCGCAUUGCCCAACCUGGCAGGUCACACCAAUCAGCUGGAGGCUGAGCUCCAGAUUGCCAAACUGGUGCCCCUAAUAGAGUCUGGUUGCUCUCGUCGGGCUCGCUUUUUGCUUUGCUCGUCGCUGUUUCCGCUCUGCACGCCGGACGUGCCACGCCCCGUUACCGCCUGCAAAUCGCUGUGCGAAACCGUUAGAGGCGAGUGUACGGAGAAUGCUUCGCCGCAACUGAUGGAGCUGUGGCCAGCGUUCCUGAACUGCGACGGUCUGCCGCAACCGGAGAAGCACGAGCUAUGCAUGCAGAUUCCUCAGGAAGUGGCUGCUGCAGGUGGUCCCAGUGGCCCGCCCACUAGCAGUGCAGCCAGUGUCGAAGACCACCCACAGACGUAUCGCUUCUGGAAAAGCGGAGCACCACCUGCACCUGGUGUGGGCGGCGUCUUGUGCCCGCAAAACUUUAGCGGAAGUCCCUUUAACCCGGAGGAGUGUGUACCCCAGUGCCAGCGGGACGCCUUCCACACCAGCGCCCAGAAGAAGAUGUCGGAGAGCUUGAUCCUCGGCCUGUCUGCUGUGUGCUUUGUCCUGACCUUGUUCGCCCUUGUGACGUUCUGGGCGGAACCCACCCGGUUUGGCUACCCCGAGAGACCCGUGCUCUUCCUGUGCCUAUGCUACAACCUGUUCAGCGUGUGCUAUCUGGAGCGCAUUGUGUUCCACAACCAGGCCCGGAUGCAGGACGUCCAGGUGCAGGGACGACUAAUGCGACCGGCCUGUUUGCUGACGCCUCCCUGCCUGGCCUCCUACAUAACUACCUCUUAUUUGAGCCUGUGCGCCGCAAGCUGGUGGCUGAUCUUCACCCUGUGCUUCUACCUCUCCUCCCACAAGAAGUGGUCUAGCGAAGCGCUGGAGAAGAGAUCCGGUCUCUUUCAUGUCCUGGCCUGGGUACCCCCACUGGCUCCGCCCAUUGCCGCGCUGCUCCUGGAGAAGGUGCGCCCAAGCGAGCUAACUGGCAUGUGCUAUGCUCCGGGAUUUGUGGAGCUGCCCGCAUUGGUCCUUCUUCUACUUGGAUUGUACUUCACCCUGAGGGCCUCUAGAUCCUUGCUUUCCCUGCAGCAGCAGCUCCAGCCCACCCUGGCACACCACCGCUUCGGACAGAUCAGGAAGCGUUUCGUAGUAUUCUCCCUGCUGUACUUUGCACCCACGGCAGCCGGCGUGGUGGCGGCUCUUUGCGAGCGGUACGCCGAUUCUGUGCCCAGUUGCUCCACGCCCGAAGAUUGCCUUUCGCCCACUCCGUUAAGUGCUUGGCCAGCCUUGGUCAGGAUAUUCUUUCAACUGGUGGGCGGAACCUUGACCGGACUGUGGGUCUGGUCGCGCAAGACCUGCGAGAGCUAUAGAAAUCGGUUGGCGACCAGCGGUACGCCCACCUCCUCGCUGAUGAACCAAAGCAAGUCGGCCGGAGCCCUGCCCAAGAAGCAUUUGUAUACCAGUGGGAAGUCCAGUGGAGGGAUUACUCCCCUCUAUGCAGGCAUCAGCUUCCACAAUGUACCCGUCUGCAAUCCCAACCAGUCCAGAGUUUAGAGGGAUCCUUUCAUCUUUCAGGUGCUGUGGAUAAAUCUCUAGCAGUUGGAAUAUUCUCUCAUGCAGACACCCCCUACUCUAUUGUAUAUAGGAAAUCCAUAUUCAUCCGCUCCUUCUGUAGUCCUAGAAUGCUCUAAGCUCUGAUCUAAGUACAGGAUGGACUGUACGUCUAGUUCGUAAGCCUGAAAUGUGUUAAUAGCUUUAAAGUCGCCUUGCCUCCAGCCACCCAUCACCUCCAGUUCUUAUUAGUAGUUCUUUAGCUAAUCCUAAGUCUGUAAAUAGAGCAAAUGUUUUUUUUGUACUUUAAUUAUGGUAUUUAAAUAGUUUUAAAAUUGUCAACAGAUUUAGUUUCAUAAUCCAAUAUAUUGUGAAUAUUUGAAGUGAA